AUGUCGGACCUCAGGGAGAUCCUCGAUAGACUUGGAUUGUCCCAGUACCUGGGGCGCCUCAUCGAGGAAGGCUUUGAUCGGUGGGAUACUAUUUUGGAUAUCCAAGAGACUGAUUUAUCGUAUAUGGGGUUUAAACUAGGGCAUCGUCGGGUUCUUCAAAGGGCUAUAGCACGGGAAAGAGGCAUACCCGAACACGAACCGAUUCCAUGGCUUUGCUCGCAACCCUUUUCGGAGGAUGCUGGUGAUGAACCCGACGAUAAUUCCUCCCCGCGGGGUUUUAGACCCGACUAUAAGGGGGUAGUUCAGACGAAGCGAAAGUACCGUCGACAUCCUCGGCCCGAUGAAAACGCACCAGAGAAGCCACCAUCCGCAUACGUGAUGUUCGCUAAUAAUGUCCGCGAAGAACUCAAAGGUCAAAAUCUCUCGUUUACCGAGAUAGCCCGUUUAGUCGGUGAUCGGUGGAAGGUGCUGCCCCCCGAGCAGAAAGAAGAGUACGAGUACAGAGCCGGUGUCAUGAAAGAUCGCUACAACCAAGAAUUAGCUGCGUAUAAAAAGACAGACCAGUUUAAAGAGUAUUCACAGUACCUACUCGAGUUCAAAAACAAGGAAGCCGCAAAGGAGGCCGGAGAAGCAUCUUUCAAUCCUACGACAGAUAUACCUCGAAAACGACCCAAGUUAGAAAGCCUUCCAUCCCAAGGUUCCACGCAUAGUUCCUUACCUGGUUCUAGUAUCACAUCCACUGGGGGACAGGCUCCCCAGCCGAUUCAAUCUCGAACACAGCAACCGCAGGAUGCGGCCGGAAGUCCGAGUUACCCACAUGCACAGCCGACGAGUAUGGCCAUGAGCCAAUAUUCUUCUCAGCAUGGAAGACGAGAGUCAUAUCACUCGCCCUUCACACAACCGUCUACUCCAGCUUCUCAAAUGGUUAGCCCUAUCGCUUUUUCAGAUGCUGCAUCAACAGCCAGUAAUCAUAGCCUUCGACAGUACCAGUCUGGACCACCCGAUUCCGUCAUGCUGCCGUUCCGUGAUAGUCCCGGCCGAUCGAACCAUGGUCAUUAUUAUGAACCGACUCGAACACAGCCACUGCAUGGAGGGGGCCAUCCUGAAACCUUCGAUCAGGGACCAGGGCUGAUGCAGCUGCCCAAAAUCAAUCACCAACCGCAUAUACAACAAAAUUUGUCGUUUUCGAGAGGGCAGCCGUCGCCUGGCGACUCACCAUCUCAGAAUCCGCGAAGAUCAGGAAGCAUAUCGGGUAUGUCAUAUACACAACAACGUCCCACAUUUCAUUCGUCGGAUACCCUGUCCACGCAGAAUUCGGUGGGCAGCAGCGGUAGCUCUUCGGUACCAUCGCUGACACCAGCAACGUCUUCAGACGGCGAUGGCCGUCAAAUGCAUGCGCAUAAUUCCCUCCGAGCGCUGCCUCCCUUGCGAAACCCAAGUCCGUCGUCACACCCGCCACAGAGAGGUUCGUCAGGUUACUUUACGCAACGACCAACGAGAGAAAUGAGUGGGAGUGGAAACGGUGGAGGAAACGGUACUGGAUAUCCAGGGCACGGGUCGACAUCUUCAUCACCUCGUAGUCAGCUGCCGUCACUUGUGGAACAGACAAUGCAAGAACCCCCUCGAAGGAGCGGCGAUGGAACGGACCACUCGUGA